UAAAGCGGCCGGCGCGCCGGCCGGCCUCUUCGUCUCCCUCUCCCUUCCCCUGCCUGUCUGCACCUCCUCUCCUCUGCUUUCCCACCAGCCAAACCCUCUCUGUCUGUCAUCCUCCAUUGUCGACGCCGCCGAGGAAGCACCACCCCUGACGGACGGCCAUGGGGACGCAAGCGCCGGAGAAUUACCCCCCUGAAAAGGAUGCAAGGACUGCACGGGAGAAGGCCAUCGACGAUUGGCUCCCAAUUACCUCUUCGAGGAAUGCCAAGUGGUGGUACUCUGCUUUCCACAAUGUCACUGCCAUGGUUGGUGCUGGCGUGCUCAGCCUUCCCUACGCCAUGUCUGAGCUCGGCUGGGGUCCUGGCAUUGCAGUGCUGAUUGUGUCAUGGAUCAUCACGCUCUAUACGCUGUGGCAGAUGGUUGAGAUGCACGAGAUGGUACCAGGCAAGCGGUUCGACAGGUACCACGAGCUUGGUCAGCAUGCCUUUGGCGAGAAGCUGGGCCUGUGGAUCGUCGUGCCUCAGCAGCUUGUUGUCGAGGUCGGCGUCAACAUCGUCUACAUGGUCACCGGCGGCAAGUCUCUGAAGAAGUUCCACGACGUCCUGGUCUGUGAUGACUCGGGGUGCGACAGCAAGCACAACAUCAAGACCACCUACUUCAUCAUGAUCUUUGCCUCUGUCCACUUUGUGCUCUCUCAGCUUCCAAACUUCAACUCCAUCUCUGGUGUUUCCCUUGCCGCCGCCGUCAUGUCACUUAGUUACUCCACAAUCGCUUGGGGCGCAUCAGUGGACAAGGGUAAGCUUCCGGAUGUGGACUACCACCUGCGUGCGACAACAACGCCGGGGAAGGUUUUCGGUUUCUUUGGUGCAUUGGGCGAUGUGGCCUUCGCGUAUGCAGGGCACAAUGUGGUUCUUGAGAUCCAGGCCACUAUCCCAUCGACUCCAGAGCAGCCAUCCAAGAAGCCCAUGUGGAAGGGUGUCAUUGUUGCUUACAUUGUGGUUGCACUAUGCUACUUCCCUGUUGCGCUCAUCGGCUACUGGGCUUUUGGCAAAGCAGUCGAUGACAACAUCCUCAUCACCCUCAGCAAACCUAAGUGGCUUAUCGCCCUGGCUAACAUGAUGGUUGUAAUCCAUGUCAUUGGCAGCUACCAGAUCUAUGCCAUGCCAGUGUUUGACAUGAUAGAGACUGUGCUGGUGAAGAAGCUGCACUUCCCUCCUGGUCUGACACUGCGUUUGAUUGCUCGGACCGUCUAUGUUGCGUUCACAAUGUUCAUAGCCAUCACCUUCCCCUUCUUCGGUGGAUUGCUUGGUUUCUUUGGUGGUUUCGCUUUUGCACCGACGACUUAUUUCCUGCCCUGCAUCAUGUGGCUUGCAAUCUACAAGCCCAAAAGGUUCAGCCUCUCUUGGUUGACCAACUGGAUCUGCAUUAUUCUUGGGGUGCUUCUGAUGAUUCUAUCGCCAAUUGGAGGACUUCGGCAAAUAAUAUUGGAUGCGAAAACAUACAAAUUCUACCAGUAAACUACUACCAGCCAUGACUAGUAGGCAUGAUUGGAAAUUUGAAAUAUGUCAAAGCCUCAACUGAGUUUUUUUGUCGUGCCGAACACAGAGGGGAAGGUCAUAGUACAAUAUAUUGUUUCAGAUGUUGGGUUAGUUAUAUAUAUACAUACAUACGUAUUGUUUCUUAAUAUUCCAAGGUGACCGUGGCUUGUGUGUGUAUGUGCAUAAGUGAGAAUUAAUGAUGGUGGUUGUCCCAGAUAUUGGUGGUUUAAAUAUAUUCACUUGCUUUGUACGCGCACUAAA